AUGUGGUUUGCAGCCACAAAGCUCAUUCCUUUUGCUCUGACAUUGCAUCUGUUCCUCCCGGUCCCGCCCGGCUGUCAGUGUACACCUCUCCAUUCAGAUGCUGCUUCUCUUUGCUACAGCUUCUCUGUUAACAAGACAGGGUCUGGACCAUGGUGGCGCAAAGUCCAAGGCCAACUGAAUGAAGAGCCUUUUAUUUCCUGUGACAGUAACAACAACUGCCAUGCUGUUGGUCUUCUGGGGAACAGACUGGAUGCUACAAAGCCCUGGGAGGCACAGGUUGGCACUCUGAAAGAUGUAGCUGACCUGUUCAAAGAUCAGAGCAUUCAGAUGAACCUGGAGAAUAAUGCAAUGAGAGAUCAGCCCACUUUACAGGCCACCAUGCUUUCUCAGUAUGAACAAGGACAAAAUGUUGGUGCCUCCUGGAGGUUUAACAUCAGUGGAAAGUAUUCCUUCAUCUUGGACACAAUGAAUAUGAGCUUUAAACAGAUUAGUCUUGAAGCCAGAUCUAUCAUGAAUGAUGAACAAUUAAUGAAAGACCUCAAGAUAAUCUCCACAGCAGACUGCAGUUACUGGCUCAAGGAACUCUUAAAGCACCAGAAGAAAAAUCAAAGAUCAACAUCAAGGGCCACAGGUAUCACCCUGCUCACAUCUGCAUCUGCCACACAGCCUCAGCUUACCACCAAGCUUCAAUAUGAGAAAGUAUUUGUCCCCAUAGCAGCAGUCAUUGCCAUAAUCUUACCUUUAAUUGUUGGAAUAGUUGUGAAACCUCAUCCCCAAGGAGGGACCACACAAGUUCGAAGGCAGUUGGAGAUUUCUUUGACAGCAGAAAAAGACUUCAAUUCAGUAGCUGAACCAACUUUGGGACUGUUCGGGCUUCUGUUGCUGUGA